AUGGCUCGUGGCACGGAGGAAUCAACAGAAGUGUUUGGAGAUAUUAACCUCACUCUUGGCAUGCUGAACAAGGAAGAUAAUGUUAGCAAGGAAGACAUCUACAGUCAUCUCACUUCUAUUAUUCAGAAUUCUGACAUUUUGGAUGAUGCAAUUGUCCAGCGGUUGAUUUAUUAUGCGUCUAAGGACAUGAGAGACGACACGAUUCCCAGAGAAAUCAGAAUGCUAGCUGGUGAGGUUUUGGUGUCUCUUGCUGCACAUGAUUUCAACUCUGUGAUGUAUGAAGUACAGAGUAACUUCAGGAUCCUAGAGCUACCAAAUGAAUUUGUUGUGCUUGCCCUGGCUGAAUUGGCAACCAGCUAUGUGUCCCAGAGCAUCCCCUUCAUGAUGAUGAACCUGCUCACCAUGCAGACCAUGCUCAGGCUGGCCGAGGACGAGAACAUGAAGGGGACUUUCUGCAUUGCCCUUGAGAAGUUCAGCAAGGCCAUUUACAAGUAUGUCAACCACUGGAGAGAUUUCCCCUAUCCCAGACUGGAUGCCAACCGACUGUCUGACAAAAUCUUCAUGCUGUUCCGGUAUAUAAUGGAGAGAUGGGCACCCCUGGCCUCAUCUGUGCAUGCUUUGCUUAUCAUUAAGGCCUAUGGCCCCACAGUGAGCCUGCUGCUACAUCGGGAAGACCUCUGUGAAUAUGCCCUGAGCCAGGUGCCCUGGCUCCUGAGUCAGUAUAAAGACAAAGAGAUUGAUUUCCACAUCACUCAGAGUCUUAAACAAAUAUUGACAGCAGUAGUCCUUUACGAUGCUGGCCUUCCAAAGAGCUUGAGAAAAUCCAUCUUUACCCAUUUACUCCACCAGAUCUGCAGAAUUCCUGAACCUCCAGUAAAGGAAAAUGAAAUUGAAGCCUCAAGCUGUUUCCUCAUUUUAGCCCAUUCCAACCCUGCAGAUCUGCUGGAGUUUUUUGAUGAACAAAUAAGAAGUAGUAAUGAAGACAUUCGAAUAGGAAUCUUGACUUUGUUAAAAUCGGCUAUCAAUGCAGAGGAGCCCAGAUUGAGAGAUCACAUCAUUUCAAUUGAAAGAACAGUCAAAUUCAUCAUGGAUGACCUCAGUGUAAAAGUAAGGAACUCCACCCUCCUCCUCAUCCAAACCAUGUGUGAAAAGUGCUACAUUGAAGCUCGGGAAGGAUGGCCUCUGAUUGACUAUGUCUUCUCUCAGUUUGUGCUGUCAAACCGGAACUUGGAGAAACUAGCGAAAACUAACUCCCAGGAGGAUGAAAAGAAAGAGAAAUCUGUGCAAGAAACAAGUCUUGAGGUGUUAAAAACUCUAGACCCACUCGUCAUUGGAAUGCCUCAGGUGCUAUGGCCAAGAAUCCUGACUUUUGUGGUACCUGUAGAAUAUACAGAAACUCUGGACCAUCUGUUCAGUAUCAUCAGAAUUCUGCUUAUGGCAGAGGAGAGGAAGAAGCAGAGUGCCAAGGAAUCAACAGCACUUGUCAUCUCUACAGGAGCUGUGAAACUUCCUUCACCACAGCAGCUACUGGCCAGACUUCUGGUAAUAUCUGUGCUUGCCAGUUUAGGGAAAUUACGCGGGGCUGGUGCAAUUGGACUUUUGAAGAUAAUGCCUGAGAUAAUUCACCCAAAAUUGGUAGACCUAUGGAAAACACGAUUACCUGAGCUCCUGCAGCCUCUGGAAGGAAAGAACACCAGUAUUGUGCUAUGGGAAACCAUGCUGCUUCAGUUGCUCAAAGAAACCUUAUGGAAGAUCAGUGAUGCAGCCUGGACCAUUCAGCUGAGUCGGGAUUUCAUCCAGCAAAUGAGCAGUUAUAGCAACAUCUCCAUUGAGAAGAAAUUCCUUUGGAAAGCCUUGGGAACCACUUUGGCAUGCUGCCAAGACACAGAUUUUGUGAGCUCACAAAUUAAGGAAUUUCUUAUUGCUCCCAACCAAUUGGGAGACCAAAGACAGGGAAUAACAUCUAUUUUAGGACACUGCGCUGAGAACCACUUGGAUAUUGUUUUAAAAGUUCUUAAAACGUUCCAAAAUCAGGAAAAGUUUUUCGUGAAUCGAUGCAAGGGCAUUUUUUCUGGGAAAAAGAAACUGACCAAGACAGACAUCAUGGUAAUCUAUGGAGCUGUGGCCCUCCAUGCUCCCAAGAGGCAACUUCUCACCAGGCUUGAUCAAGACAUCGUAUCCCAAGUCCUGUUACUUUACAGCCAAUGCUCUCAGAUUCUGGGAAUGUCUGUGAUGAACAAGGACAUGGAUGUACAAAUGAGUUUCACAAGAAGCAUCACUGAAAUUGGCAUUGCUGUCCAAGAUGCUGACGAUCACAUAUUCCAGUUUUCCUACAAGGAGAUCCUGAUUGGUUACAUGCUGGACUUCAUUAGGGCUGAGCCCCUGGAUUCCUUAGCUACCCCUGUUCGGUGGAAAGCCUUAAUCGCCAUUAGAUACCUCAGUAAACUGAAGCCUCAGCUCUCACUAAAUGACCACCUCCAUAUUCUUGAAGAGAAUAUUCGGAGGCUGCUGCCCCUCCCACCACUGGAAAGUCUGAAAAACGAGGGCCAGACGGACAAGGACAAGGAGCACAUAAACUUUCUCUACGAACGAUCCAUGGACGCCCUAGGAAAACUUCUGCGGACCAUGAUGUGGGACAAUGUGAAUGCAGAGGACUGUCUGGAGAUGUUCAGUCUUCUCCGGAUGUGGCUUGUUUCACCAAAAGAAUGGGAAAGAGAAAGAGCUUUCCAGAUCUCUGCCAAAGUACUGACGAAUGAUAUUGAGGCCCCACAGAACUUUAAAGUAGGCUCGCUCCUCGGGCUCCUGGCUCCUCACUGCUGCGACACCCUGCCCUCCAUCCGCCAGGCCGCUGCUAGCUCCACUAUUGGUCUGCUCUGUAUAAAAGGCAUUCAACCGGAAGUAGAACGACUUCAGGGUCUGCAGGAAGGACUACAAUGUGAUGACGUAGAGGUGCAGAUCAAGAUUUCUUCUAAAAUAGCGAAGAUUGUCAGUAAAUUCAUCCCAAAUGAAGAAAUUCAAAUGUUUCUGGAGGAAACUCUGGAUGGUCUGGAGAACCUCAACCCCACGUGCACAACAGCCUGUGGAAUGUGGAUGAUCACUGCCCUUAAGGAGCAGGGCAUGGCUCUGGAAGAUCAGCUGUUGGAGGUCUUGAAUGCAAUUUACCAUCACAUGCCAGUCCUCAGACAAAAGGAGGAAAGUUUUCAGCUUAUGUUAGAAGCCAUCUCCCAGAUAGCAAGCUUUCACAUGGAUGCAGUUGUUGUCAACCUUUUACAGAAACCUCUGCCCUUUGACAGGGAUACAAAAACAUUAUGGAAGGCGUUGGCUGAGAACCCAGCCUCCGGUGGGAAACUCAUGCGAGCCUUAGUAGACAAACUGGAGAUUGGGUUGGAGGAUGACAUCGCCGGGAUUGAGGCAAUUUCAGUGGCUUGUGCUAUACAGGAAGUGGUCUCUUGGGGCACCCCCAUCACUCGCUUGUAUCCAGAGCUGUUCACGCUCCUCCUGAAGCUGGUCAGCUGUACACUGGGACAGAAGAUGCCCACUUCCUCCUUGAACCACAGGCGACAUGUGAUGCCCCAGGGAGAACGGCAGCAGAUCCCAGACCCCUGCAGGCUCUCAACUGCAACUCUAAAAUGUUUGCAAGCCCAAGCCAUGAAAGAAGGUCUUGCAAAAGAAUCUGAGGAGAGGGACAACUUAUGGACCCUACUCAGCAGCCCCGGGACGCAUCACAUAGGAGUGUGUGCACUGGCCAGGAGCAUGGCAGUGUGGCAACAUGGAGUCAUACUGGACAUCAUGGAGCAACUAGUCCCAUCUCUCACCUCCUCCUGCGAGACCUACCGGAUAACUGGCACAGCGUUCUUCUCUGAGCUCAUGAAGGAGCCAAUCCUUUGGAAACAUGGGAAUCUCCGAGACGUGUUGAUCUUGAUGGAUCAGAGUGCAUGGGAUUCCAACACCAUUCUAAGGCAAAUGGCCAUCCGAGGACUUGGCAACACAGCAUCGGGGGCCCCUCACCAGGUAAAGAAGCAUAAGCAGAUAAUACUGGAAUCUGUCAUCAGAGGCCUGUAUCACCUGGCUCGCACCGAAGUUGUCUGUGAAAGCUUGAAGGCUCUAAAGAAGAUCCUGGAGCUGCUCACAGACCGAGAUGUGAGCUUCUACUUCAAAGAAAUAGUACUGCAAACAAGAACCUUCUUUGAAGACGAGCAAGAUGAUGUGAGAAUAACCGCCAUCUUAUUAUUUGAGCAUCUGGCAUCCCUAACAGGAAGAAGGUGGAAGAUUUUUUUUGCUGAAGAAAUAAAAAAGAGCUUAAUUUCAUUUCUUCUUCACCUCUGGGAUCCUAAUCCCAAGACUGGAUCUGCAUGCCGUGAUGUCUUGAUCAUCUGCAUUCCUUUCUUGGGCCUUCAGGAGCUCUAUGGGGUAUUGGACCACCUCCUUGAUCAGGAUCUGCCAAGGGUCAAGGAUUUCUACAGGCAAUUCUGCAUGAAACUGGCAAAGAAAAACCAGGAAAUUCUAUGGAUUCUCCACACACACUCUUACACCUUCUUUAACAGCAGCUGGGAGGUGAUUAGGAGUGCAGCUGUCAAACUCACAGAUUCCGUUAUUCUCAAUUUGACCAGCCAAUAUGUGGAACUAUUAGACAGAGAACAGUUGACCACACGGCUCCAAGCACUUCGGCAAGACCCCUGUAUCAGUGUCCAGAGAGCAGCUGAAGCUGCCUUGCAGACCCUCCUGAGAAGGUGUAAAGAAAUAAACAUCCCUCUGUAAACCAUCCAGAAAUAAAUGUAGGCUUUU